CAAGACAUCAAUUCUUCAUUCUCAAAAUCAAAGCUCUAAUCUUCAGAUUUCAAGUUUCUGAUUACGAUGUCUGGCCGUGGAAAGGGAGGCAAGGGGUUGGGAAAGGGAGGUGCGAAGCGGCACCGCAAGGUUCUCCGAGAUAACAUCCAGGGGAUCACGAAGCCAGCGAUCAGGCGUUUGGCGAGAAGGGGAGGGGUCAAGAGAAUCAGCGGCUUGAUCUAUGAGGAGACCAGAGGAGUGUUGAAGGUUUUCUUGGAGAAUGUCAUCCGUGAUGCCGUGACUUAUACGGAGCACGCCAGGAGGAAGACGGUCACCGCCAUGGAUGUUGUGUAUGCGCUCAAGAGGCAGGGUAGAACGCUCUAUGGUUUCGGUGGUUGAUUGUUUAGGUCAAUAGAAUGUUGAUAUGUUGACUUCCAUUUAAAAUUUCCCUCGAAUAUGGUUGAGAUGUUGAAGUCAAUGGAAAUUUUCUCUGCUAUUUUGAAUGUGAUUGGGGAAUAUAUUCAUGAAUGUGAUUGAGUUUAGAAUCAUUAUUGCAGCUGCUUAUUUUUUUUUCUUGAAAAAAAAUUGUCAACAUUC